UGGCGGCCGCCUGCUCCUGAGGCGGUUGGUGUUGGAUUGACUAGCGGGUUUUAUUCGCGGUUCUUUCUGAUUCUGAGGCUAGACGCGUCUUCCUUUUGAACGGGACCUGGUGUGAUCCGAAGCGGCGACCUUGGAUAGACGCUUGCUUAGAUUGGACCAAGCAGGACUCUUCUGACAGCAAGGGUUGAACAGGAACUAUUCAAUAGUGAUGAAUUGGGUUUUUUUUUCGCUUCUAGACAUCAUGGCGAGUCCAAGAACUAGACGGGUUCUCAAAGAAGUGAGGACUCAAGAUGAAAACAAUAUUUGCUUUGAAUGUGGAGCUUUCAAUCCUCAAUGGGUCAGUGUCACUUAUGGAAUAUGGAUUUGCCUUGAGUGCUCAGGAAAGCACAGAGGUCUAGGAGUACAUCUCAGUUUUGUGCGGUCUGUUACCAUGGAUAAAUGGAAAGAUUUGGAAUUGGAGAAAAUGAAGGUUGGAGGCAACGCAAAAUUCCGCCAGUUUCUAGAAUCACAAGACUAUGAUCCAUGUUGGUCACUCCAAGAUAAAUAUAAUAGUCGCACUGCAGCUCUUUAUAGAGAUAAGAUUGCUACUUUAGCUGAAGGUAAAGAGUGGUCUAUUGAAACAUCAGAAGCUCGGAAUUGGACCCCACCACAGCCCAAAGUAUCUAUUUCUUCAGCUCAUCGUUCCAGACCUAACCAAGCUCCUGGAUCAUCUACUGAUAAAAUGUUUGAGGACUGGCUCAACGAUGAUAAUUCCUAUCAAAGUGGCGGAGGAUUUGGUAGUCAGGAUAAUCGUUACGUUGGAUUUGGAAACAGUCCAUCUCCUCAGAAAAAGGAAGAUGAUUUUCUCAACAACGCCAUGACUUCUCUUUAUUCGGGCUGGAGCAGUUUUACUGUUGGGGCCACUAAGUUUGCAUCAGCUGCAAAAGAAGGUGCAGUGAAACUUGGAAGUCAGGCAACACAAAAGGUUUGGGGCUACAAGCAGCAGUCUGAGCCGGCUACAGAAUUAAGUCAUACAAUUAAUGAGAAUGUCAUUAAACCUGCUCAGGACAAGGUGAAAGAUGGGAAAUUUUUAGAUGAUGUAUCCAUUGGUGUGUCACACAUUGCUAAUAAGGUGCAGGGAGUGACCGUUAAAGGGUGGCAAGAUGUCAGUUCUUUCUUUACCAAUAAGGAUUCUGAAAGCCACCCGGUUGGAGAAAGUUAUCAGAACAGUGGACUUGAAGAUGAUUUCUGGGAAAAUUUUGAUCAGGAUGAGAGUUCCAAGAUGAAGAUGCCAUCUCAUGCUGGUGCUUGGGGAUCAGGUGAAAAAAAUGAUGAUGCGUGGGGCACCGAGAACAGCAUGAAAAAACAAGCAAACGGUAGCAAUGCUUGGGACAGUUGGGAUGAUAAUUGGGCAGCAGGUGGGGAAAGCAAAAAUAAAAAGUCGCCGAAGAAAGAAAGUGAAGGAACUGUGGAUGAUGGAUGGGACAAUCAAAAUUGGUAGCUUGGGAAAGUGCCUGAAAUUGAAUGGACCUGCAAUUCACUUUGCAUUACUUGGCUUCAUUGCUGUCAUAAACCAGUUCCUAUUUCUGUCUAUAAAGAAUCAAUGUUUCAUAAAUCUAUUUUCCAUUUCAGAGGCUGGUUACAUGCAUAUUUUACCAACAAAAGGAGACUUUACAAUGAGCAAUCAGUAUUGUAACCAGAACACUGACCCUUUGCAUACUUUGAAUUUAAAUGUAUCAUUUUUACACUGAAUACAUGACAUAUACAUUUUUCUUUUUAAGACAAUAUAAUUUCUCCAUUAAUUUGCCACAAUUUUUUUUGCACAUACAAACAUUCAUUAGAAAUCUGCAGGGUAUCAAGGAGAAAAAUGUAAAGUUAAGUAGUGCAGCGAUUAUUGUAGCUCAGGUUUUCUUUCAGAAACACAACAAACGUAGCAUUUACUGCAUGUGCUAUAUUGUGUCUGUCUUCAGCUUUUAUGUGCAAUUGUACAGGGCAGGUAGCAUUUGCAAAUUCAUUAUUGGUGUUUUCAGUGUGACUUAUUAUAGUUUUCCCUAGAUGAUAGAAAUAAGGUUAUAGAUGAUUCAUUUGACUAAUCUAAUCCAAUCAUAAUUGAUUACUAACUCUGCUCCUUCUUCACUUUACAUGCCUUACAAAUGACUAUAUAAUCAUUAUAACAUUCUGUCAUCUACUAUCUUAACACUUUCUAACAUCAAUCGGUUAACACCACUAAAAUAGUAGAUGAAAGAAUAAAUUAGUCUAUUAAAUAUUCAUCUGGGGCUGAGAGUACUCCAUUAUGUCAAUUUUAAACAAAAUGUGGAUAAUUUUACUGGCCUUUGGCAUCAAACUAGAACAGAAACUUUUUCCAGUCUAAAUGUAUGACGUGACAUAAAAAUCUUUUAUUUGUUUAAUGUUCAGAAAUUAAAUCCAUUCUCUGGUUUGUCAGCUUUAAUUUUUCUAAAGUAUUAGAUUUAUAAGUGCAGUGACAUUUCUUGUCUGGUCUUCUGCCUCCAAAACCUAUCUCUCCACCCCCACCACCAAAAGAAACAUUCCAGUUGCAUAUAGUGUGGAUAUAAUAUGGAUAAGUGAUCUUUCAGUAUUGGAUUUUUUGAUUAAAUCUGUGCAAUAUUUUUGAGCAUGAAACAAGCUAAUGUAUUCUCAUUCUGUAGCUUGGGAUUAUUGAGCUUUUAUGUUAUAAAAGCCAACAUGGAAGAUUGCUGACAUGAAUGAAUAUCUACAAAUUCUGUAUAGCAACUUGCGUUGCUAAUUAUUUUGCACCCAUUUUUGAGUGUGAUCGCUUAUUUGUUGAUGUAUGACAAUAAAGCAGGUGAAAGUGA